CACGACCCCAACGCCCAUUCAUCUCCUCCUCCUCAUUGUCUGCUUUCCUUAACCUAAUCACUCGCUUGCUCUCAUUACGAACUUGUUCUCUCUAUCGCUCUCUUAAUCUGUCAUGGUCGCGUUUGGGUCGUUCGACGACAUAUGUGGAGCCGCCGCGCUGGUGAUAUGUCCGCUUGUGGGGAGCGCACAGGGCACCGAGCCAACAUGCUAUAGUCGGAAUGUCGAGGUUGCAGGGAACCUCAUCUUUCAACCUGCAACAUGCUUUAUCCACAUCGUCGCAAUCCUCAUGACCGCAAUCAUGAUCUAUCAUAUUCGAGUAAAAUACACGGCUGUCGGCCGAAAAGAAAUUGUCACCUUUUUCUACAUGUACAUUCUCAUCGAGUUCCUCGCGAUGUUCUUGGACUCGGGUAUCAUACCAACAGCAAGUCCAGUAUACCCAUGGUUCGCUGCUAUCUACACCGGUCUCAUUUCUGCGACAUACUGGUGUCUUCUUGUCAACGGCUUCGUUGGGUUUCAGUUCGCAGAAGACGGUACACCAUUGUCCUUAUGGUCACUCCGCAUUAGCUGCUUUGUCGUGUUCGGCGUGUCGUUCUUCAUUGCCAUUGCGACGUUCCUCGAGUUCGCUGGCUUCAGCUAUUUCACCCCUGUGGGUUUGUGGGUCGUAUACCUAAUAUGGCCGGCAAUUUGCGUGGUCGUCUACAUUGUCGCCCAACUCGUCCUCGUCAUUCGAACUCUGGAAGAUCGCUGGCCAGUUGGCGACAUCCUGUUCGGCACUGCAUUCUUCGCUGUCGCCCAGGUCGUUCUGUUUGCUUUCAGCAUCCAGAUCUGCGAUGCUGUCUCGCACUACAUCGACGGUGUUUUCAUCUUCACGCUCUGCAUGCUCUUGAGCGUGAUGAUGGUAUACAAGUAUUGGGAUUCGAUUACGAAGGAGGAUCUCGAAUUCAGCGUAGGAAACAAGGCGGCCGUAUGGGAAGUCAAGGAUCCAUUGCUAGCCGGAUCUUCACCAAGUGGAGGUGUGGGGCUGGAUUACCCCGAGGAGGAUUUGCAGAGCAACUACCGCGGUGCUCCAGCGAGCCUCGUUGGUGGCGUAAGCGGACAACAAUAUUACCAGGGGUACGGAUCACACUACCCGCCGCAGGGAGGGUAUGCGGACCGGUAUUGACGGGGAAGGAGAGAUGCAAUGGACUCCUCACCCUACUGACUGACUUUGUAUCCUCACAUCCAAUUCUGACUUCAUCGAGCAUGCCUCAGGACGGUUCCGCGCGCUAGGGAGACUGCUGACUAUUCCGCACAUGUGUAGUACUUAUAGAAGUUUUCCUAGUUCCAUACUCAUGGACUUCUAUCGCAUAUCAUCGCAAC